AUGCAUAGUCUUAAUAGCGUACAUCUAGAUAAUAUUAAUACAGUUGGCUAAUAAGAUACAUCUAUCUGUAAGAAUAUUCCUGUAAAUAAUGAAUGCGACUCAUCAUCAAUUAUAUUACUUAAGAAAAUUGAGGCUCCAAGUCCUGACAUUCCUGGUUUCAAUUAGGCUGUUUUCAAACCCUUUCAAAAAUUAAUCAUAUACUAUCAUAUUGGAUUUUUUGUUCGAAAAUUAUUGAAAUAUAUUAAACCAGAUCAAACAUUCAAACCUAAACAUUAUUAACUCAUUAAUGAUAAAAGUUCAGGCAAUAUAAAAGAUUUUAUCACUUAUGCUGGUAAAUCUAAAUCAACAGUAAUGCAAUAUCCAAGUCUAGAGGAAGUAAAUUUCUUUGUAAGAAUGAGAUAUCGAUAUAGACAAGGUCUGGUAAAUUUUUAAUAAAAAAUCUUGUACUUAUUUGAAUAGAUUCCCUUAAUAGAUCCAUCAUAUAAAAUUAAAAUCAUUUGGGAUCUUCUGUUAAAUAUAUUCAGAAUUUAUCUUAUGUAUAUUAUACCUAUCAUAAUUACAUUCGAAUAAUUGAUUGAAGAUUACGAUUAUAUAAUUAUCAUAUCAUAGAUUGUAUUUGCAAUUGAUUUACUAUUACGAAAUAUCACAAUCUAUUAUGAUUAAGGUCUACCUGUUGUAGAUCGUUAUCAAAUAGUAAAAAAUUAAUAUCAUAUUACAAAUCUAAUUGAAUUGAUGGAAAUUUGUUUACUCUUUGCUUUGGCUUAUUUUAAAUUCGAUUUUAAUCAUUAAUUCAUAUUAUUUGAGGGUUGGCCUAAAUUAUGGAUGCUAUUAUAUUUUAUUUAGUUAAAAAAUCUAUUAAAUUUUAUAGGAUCAUGGUAAUAAUCUUUUUUAAUGGGUUAAUUAGCAUCAUCAUUAAUUGAGUUAUUUAAAUUGAUAGGUUUGUUACUUAUAAUAUAACAUAUAUUUAGUUGUAUAUGGUUGAUUAUUGGAAAAUAUCAUCUUCUUUUGGGAAAUUCUAAUUGGAUUACCUUUUUCAAUUUAGAUCAUAUCUCAUGGACAGAUUUAUAUAUUGAAUCAAUGUAUUAUACUAGUGUAACUAUGUAUACAGUUGGAUAUGGUGAUUUACAUCCAAUAAGUAAAUAUAUAUUAAUCUAUUUUUAGAUAUAUCUGAAAAAAUGUUUGCUUUUUUAUUUGUAUUUGUUUGUACAUUUUAACUGUCUUUUAGUUUAAAUACAAUUGGUGAGAUUUUGACUAGAAUGAAAAAUAAUAAUGAUAUAAUUAAUAAAAAACUAAUCUUUAUUAAUUAAUACAUGCAUAAUAAAAAAAUAAGUCAUUAAUUACAAUUUUAAGUAAGAGAAUAUUUAAAUUAUUAUUGGUAUUAAGAAUAAACACAAUAAACUAAAGAAUAGACAGAAAUUCUAAGUUAAUUAUCAGAUGAUCUUAGAAAAUAAAUAGCAGUUGAAUCAAAUAGUAUUGUACUUAAAAAUUGUGACUUCUUUUAUAAGAAUUUUUCAACUGAAUUUUUAAAUGAAUUACUAAAAAACCUUUAAUUUCAAGCAUAUUAACCAUCAUCUACUAUUAAUAUAUUUAAUGAGGAUGAUCAUUUCAUACAUAUCAUAGAAUCUGGAUAGGUUGAUAUUUAUGAUAAAUCUUUUGAUAAAAAAGUAUUAAUUGGUAGUUUUAAAUCAAAUGAACUUUUUGGAUUGAAUGAAUUCUUAAAUAAUUAAAAAAAUUAUAAAUAUGAAUAUAAAAGUUCAGGAUUUGUUAGCACAUUAGUAAUACCUAGAUCUAAAUUUCAUAUGAUACUAUCAAAAUAUAAAUAGGAUUUUGAAACCUUUUGGAAUCUCAAAAUUAAUAAUUAUUCAGAAUUAAAAUGUGCAGUUUGUGAAUCCAAAAGACAUCCACCUGAUCUUUGUAAAUAAGUACAUUAUAUACCUGAUAAAGAGAAGGUUAUUAAAUAAUUCAAUUUCUAUUAAAAUUAAGAUAGAUAAAAAUUUAAAAGAAAUUAAAUUAGAAUUAAACAAUUAUAUCAUGCAUCAACUGAUUAAGAAAUUAUAAAGGAGGCUGCAUAAAUGGUCAAAGUUAAAAAUGAUAGUAUUUUCUUUUAGAAAUAUCAAAUUAUUGAUGAUGAAACAACACAAUAUGAAAGUUAAGGUAUACAAUAAUAUUAAAUUUAGAAUAUAUAAAUAAAAAAGAUAUGGAUUCAGUUGGAAUUUUAAUAAAAGAUCUUGAAAGUAGAUCUUAUCUCGAUUUAUAUCAAAAGUCUCAACAAAAGUCUGAAAAAGAAAUUUUAGACAUUAGAAUACACUUUUCAUUGGAAUUGUAAACUUUUAAAUCUUUGAAGGAUAAAUUGCAUCAUAAGGAUUUAUAUACAGAUAAGGAUAUCUAAUAAAUAGAGUAUUUGAUUAAAAUUUUAGAACUCAAACUCAAUUUGGAAGAUAAAAUUGAACUUGAUUAAUAAUAAGAAUAUUAGACUUUUAAUUAAAAAGCGAAUAUUAACACAGUAAUAAAGAAAUUGAUACAUCCAGUCAGAUAUAUAAUAACAUCAACAUCAAAAAGUUUAGAUUAAUUCUAGUUGAUAAGUGGGAAUGGGUGGUUAAAAUAUAUGUUCUAUCCUUAUGAUUUCAUAAACCAAUAUAGAUUUAAUGUUAAUAGAUUAGGAUUACCAAGAAAGUCUAUGGUUGUAAGAUAAUAAGAACGUAGAUUAUCUUCUGCAUUAAUGAGAAAAAAAUAAUAAAAUAUACGAUCCAUGAAAAGAUCAAUAUAAGUUCAUCCAAUAAAAUGA